CCUGGGGAUCUGAGCAACUCCUAGGGGCUCUGGAGCUCUACCUUGCAAGAUCGAGCCCAUUGCUGAAUCUAGGCCCUGCCCUGGCUAUUGGAUGGGGCUGGAACAUGCUAGCGGACUCGGCUGGGUCCCGCAGAACUGAGAGGCAGGCCGGCCCCAAGGAGUGCCCCUCCCAUUCAAGCUCUUGCCGGUUGUACCCUCUAGGCAGAAUUCAGAGGCACCCAGGCUUCUGUUUUCACCGGAGAAGUGUCUCAAUCGAAACGUUCCUUUUUAAGUGCAGAAAGCCGAGGCCUUUCUUGUUUUUUGUAAGAUGAUGUUCAACUAGGCCAUUCUAACAGAAUGAAUGGAAUGCCGGGGCACAGCAGAGAUGUAGCUGCAAAGGCGUGGAUGCCCAGCUCCGUCUGGGAAAUGUAUAGCGGACGAAGAGGAGCCUUUGGGCGGGGGCUGGAGGACAGGAUGCGUCCUAGUGCAGCUGGAGGGCGUGUGACCAGGCGGUACAGAAUUAGGCACUUGAACGGAGAGGUAGCCUUGAGGAAGGUGGGUUACCUCUUGGCAUCUUGACCCAGCGUUGCCAGUGAAGCCCCGUUCAGGUGCUUCUCCCCGGGUGCCACUUCCCUGUUGUCAGACCGAGGGUCUGAAUUACAAUGUACAGGAAGGAAUUUACGGAUUUGUGCGUUCUGGUGGGCUGUCUCAUUUUGUGGCUGGGCACACCGCGCUCCACUUCAUGCUGGUGGAGACAGACAGGCUCGGGGAAUAUCCGUAAGUCCGUGGAGAAACCAGGAGAUGCUCUGUCACUCCAAGGAUAUCCUUGGAGGUGCCGGGUUGCCUGCGGGGCUGCCCGGCCCUCGGAGGGUGGACGCCUGCGCACAGGUGCUGCCCCAUUGCUGUUCAGGCAGGCCACCUCAUUGCAGAUGGAGCGCAGCCUUUUUUCGGGAAUUGCAGGGAGCUAAUCCCGUGGGCUUCACCGCAUGGAGCCUCUCGAGGCAAACACACCUCCGGGCUCUUUCCCCUGGCAAGCUUCUCUCUGGUUGCUGUCCUGGCUGAGUCGCUGGCGCUGUGCCCAGGAGCCUGCCUUCCCGGCGGUUCCUGGGGUGGGGGGUGGGGGGAGGGCAGCAGCGAGGAUUAGCAUUCCUCACAAGGAGGCAACGCAUUUUUAUGGCUGCGUUAUUGAUACUGCCACAUGGCUGGUGAUAGAGAGUCGAUGGUUUCCUUCUGUGCGAGUUCACAAUCCUACAUACGGCCUGAGUAACUGAAAAUCCAAGCCUCUCUGGAGACCAUGCAGAGGUCAUUAAACAUCUGCCUUUUUUAUGAAGGCAUCAGUGUUGGUGUUGGGGUGACAGCUAGGGAACAGCAGGGCGAGGGGUGGGGAGUAACAAAUGACAUUGCCUGGUGUGGCUGAGCUGAGACAGGCACACCGUCUGAACAGCAAACAAAAGCGCACCCUCAACAGGAAGAAGCUGGCUAGCUCUGUAGCUUCCCUUUGAAAGUAUGCUAUUUCCCUCAUUCUCAAAUACCAGUCACUUUGAAGAUGCAUCGCUGAUUUGAUACUUUUGCAAAAAAAAAAAACAAACAAACCCUGAGACUAUUAAGAUUCACUUGGAUGGUGAGAUGUACUCAGAUUUCUGAGACACCAGAACACGCACAAUUGUGCAUCUUGGGACCAUUACCAGGAACACUGGUAAUCUUUGCCUCUACCAUCGCAGGUGUUGGGGUGGCUUCCUUUGGUACUGCAGCUCCUGUCAGCUCACUUGUUUCCUCUUUCCGUUCCUAAGUUCUGGAACUCCCUUCCCUCUACUGACAAACACUUACAGUGUCUAGUGGUGGACUGUGUACUUAAAAUCCCCAGCGUUUGGAAUCAUCUACCUGUGUAUGCCGUGGGGUGGGGGUGGCUUUGUAGUUAGUUGCCCGGUCGACAGCGUCACCGGCUUCCUUUAGCGUUUUGGGUUUUCUGUGUCUUCGUGGAAGGUCUAUCGAAAAUGUCAGGAUAUGGCAUCUCUCAGAAAAGGGGAGUCAGGGACCCCAGUUGGUGAGUGUGUUAUCAGCGGAUCAAUGCUGAUGAGAAUCUGGCCAAGUUCAUACAUUUCUUACUUGGGAUCUGAAAUGCGUUUUUCCCUCUGAGGAAAAAAGUGACAUGUUCACGCAGAUAAUUAGCAGGUGCACAGAAGAGCCUGUGGCCCUGGGUGGUGAGGGCAGCUCUCGUGCAGGAGGUUCAAGAGCCGGGCCCCUUCAUCUCAGUGACUUCAAGAUGAUGACCCGGAGUAAGAGCUCCAUGCUGGCACAGGGGGCACCCUCAGUCCAGGUCGGCAGCGGGCAGGGCAGCUGCCCCCAAGGGCGGCCUCCCCGAAAGCUGCGGAAGAGGAAGGUCUCCGUCACCACCGAGCUGACCCUGUUUGAGAUGGUGGCACUGGGGAAGAACUCCAUGCAGACAGCUGUGGAGGAGUGGGUCCAGUCUUACAAGGAGGACCGGGCACUGGCCUUGCUGGACCUCAUCAGCUUCUUCAUGCAGUGCUGCGGCUGUGAGGGGAUGGUGACAGCCGAGCUGUGCCAGAGCAGCCAGGGCGGGAGCGCAGCGCACACGGUGACCGAGAGGUUUGACCAGGAGACAGGGCUGUACUACAAGAAGUUUGUGGCCUCCCCUUGGAUCCUCACCGUCAUGUGGCCGGAGAAACCGGAGAAUGACUUCUAUCCCAUUGUGGGGCCGGGGCCCUUCUGGAAGCGGUUCCGGGCCAACUUCUGCGAGUUCACAGAGCUGCUGGUGCGCCAGAUGCACUGCUCAGCGCUGUGUGAUGGCCAGCUUGUGGACACCGUGAUCUGCAUGCUCACUGGCCUCACCACCUCCGCCGUGCACAGCCUGAGGCACACCAGCUCACUGGCAGCCAUGAAGCUGCUGACAGCGCUCGCCAGCAUGAACCAGGGCACGUGCCCAGUCCAGCGGCUGUAUGACAUCGAGAGCGUGAGCCGGCCUAAGGGCAGGCGUGAGUCCUGCGGACAGCUGCUGGACCAGCGGCACCAGCCCCAGCGCAAACCAGAGGCCAUCGAUAACAUCAUCUGCUCACUUUUUAAAAGGACGUUUGUGCCUCGCUAUCGGGAUGUGAGCUCGGACAUCCGAGUCAUCUGCGUGGCGGAGCUCGGCUGCUGGAUCCGGCUCUACCCAGACAUGUUCCUGGACAACAACUAUCUGAAGUACAUCGGCUGGAUGCUCUACGACAAGGACGCCAGCGUGCGGCUGAAGUGCAUCACGGCCCUGAAGGCGCUCUAUGAGAAGAGGGAGUCAGCCAUGAAGCUGGGCCUUUUCUUCCACAGAUUCAAGAAACGGAUCUUGUCGAUGACCCAGGACAGACAGCCGGAAAUCACCUCGGAAUGCAUGCAGCUCUUGGGGCUCAUUUCUGAGCACUACGAGGGUGUCUUCUCCAACAAGGAGUACAUCUUCCUGUUCCAGUUUGUGUACGCCGCCUACAGGCCCCUUGCGACGGCUGCGGGGCAGCUUGUCUGCAAGAGUCUGUCUGUCUUCCCCAGGCUCCUGGCACUGCCACCCCAGGAGAGUUUCCUUAGUCCGGAGCUCCCAGACAAGUUCAACAGAAACUUCCAGAGCAUGAAGACACUGAUUGACUUCUACCUGCAGGGCGAGUUCCACAGACAUGUCCCGUACCUGGUGGACGGCCUGUGGGAUUCCGCGCCUGCCCUGGUCCAGAACUGGGAGUGUAUGACUGCCUUGCUGCUGGAGCCACAUGGCGGGCGCCGAGCGCUGACGAGCCGGCAGGAGCAAGUGCUCAUCGAGAUCCUCGUGGCGGCCGUGCGACAAGUCGCAGAGGGCCAUCCACCCACUGGCCGCUGCCUGGGCAAGAGAGCCUCCAGGGAGUUGGACAAAGCCCACCACUGGUGUGAUCACACUGACAUGAGCCAACACUUUGUCAAGGUGCUGCCCCAGCUGCUGUCCAAGUUUGCAGCAGACAAAGAGAAGGUGACCCACCUCCUGCAGAUCCCACAGUACUGCAACCUGCACAUGUACGGCACAGAUGGCCUGGACCCGCACCUGGAUGCUGCCCUGCUGGAGCUGGACUGCCUGGUGCAGCGGCACUCGGACGUGGCGGUCCUGGAGGCCUGCGCCCAGGCCUACGGCAGCUACUGUGAUGAGGGGGGCCCUGCUCACUGCCAGGCUGUCCCUGCCUGCAGCCGGCUGGUGGACAUGCUGGUGGACAUGCUGACCCCGCUGCUGGACGCGUUCAUGCAACAGGAGAAACAAGGUCUGUUCCCCAGACAUGGCGAGGUGGUGCGGAUCUGCUCCACGCUGCGCAGACUGGCUGCCUUCUACAGUGCACACGACCUGAGCGGCUGGAACCUGUAUGAGAAGGUGGACUGCCUGCUGACCUUCCGGAGGCAGCAGGGCAACCUGCCCACUGAGGUGGUCCACUGUGCGCUCCAGUGCACCUACUAUGCGCUCUUGUGGCAGAUCGUUGCGGCCACAGACCGGCUGCCGCCCCAGGAGGUGCUCCUGGGCCUGCGGAGUAGGCUGAUGAAGUUCUGUCUGGUCUGCCGGGCGUACCUGGGCCACGAGAGCAAGGUGCUCAGCGAGAGGGCUUUCAUUCUGCUCUGUGACCUGCUGCUCAUCCUGAGCCACCAGGGCCCAGAGGAGCACACGGGCCUCGGUCUACUCUUCUUCAUCCCCAACCACGUCCUGCAGGGCAAGCUGAUCGCCUUUGUCAGGGAGCAUGUGUUCCUGGAGGAGGCGGGGCCCCCAGGUUCCAGCAGGGUUUGCAAGGAUGACACAGACAAGCUGGACAACCUAUUCAGGAGGAGAAACAUGCUGGCUGUGUUCUGUAAGCUGAUUGUCUACAACGUGCUGGAGAUGAACGCGGCGGCCGAGGUCUACCAGUUCUAUCUGAAGCAUUACCACCAUUUUGGUGACAUUAUUAAGGAGACGAUCACCAGGACGAGGCAGAAUGACAGACUCCGCAACGCCUUGUCCCUGCUCCUGUGCCUGCAGCAGCUGUUCCAGAAGCACGCGGAUGCCUGCGGCCUGGGCUUCAGCCCCGUGGAGUUCAUAUGCGGCCCUUUAGCGUCCAUCCGCCUGCUCGCCCGCCGCCUGGCGCUCACGCUCGGCUUCGACCGAGCGCGUGACGCCGCCCACCUCAUCCACAGGCGCGGUCUGGCCUUCGCCUUCUCGGAGGCUCCGGAGCUGGAGCAGGGCCGUCUGCGUUUCCCCAACCUGGGCUUCCUGCUGCUGCUCGCCGAGUUCUCCUGCAAGAUCCCGCAGGCCGAGCGCGGGGCCGCACUUGCCCACUUCCGGGACUCCAUCCCCGAGGGCCUGCCCAUCUUCGGGGAGGGCGACGUGGAUCCCCUGGUGGUCUACCGCAAGUCCUUGAUGAGGACGUAUGACGUCUUCCCCGGGGAGAAGGAGCCCGCCGCCAACCCGUUUGACGCCAUAUGCAAGCACAUCAAGCGUGCCCAAGAGCUGCCCAUGGGGUCGUGCUCUGCUUGGACACCAGACACCUUGGCCAGCUCCACUGGGACAGAUACAGAGCUGACAAACCAUUCCCGGGGCGGCAAGUCCAAGAGGGACAUCUUUGAUGCUGACUUCCUGUCGGACUCCGAGAGCUCCGACGAAGAUAUCGACGUGAAGCAUGUGCCCACCCCAGAGGGCUUUGCAGCUGUGAAGUGGGGGCCUUUGGCGUGCCCACUUGCCCACCCAGGUGCCUUUCCCCCCAUGGCUUCCUUGCUGGACUCACCGAUGACCACUCUCCACUGGGAAGGAAAAUUCCAGAACCAGCUCUCCCCCAGCAGUUGGGUAGGGAGCUGGCUCCCUUGUCUCAUGACAGCCCCGGUCGUGUGUGGGCUGUGGGCUCCCCCUCUUGUUGCUCAGGGCCUGAGUGCUGGAGGGUUGUCUCCAGUGCUGUUGCCCAGCUGCAAGGGAGGGAGGCUCCCCUGGGUGUCUGCUCAGUGCAUGGAUGUUGCAGAGAAGUUGGUAGAGCCUGACUGGGGCAGGAGGGCCACGGCAGCUGGUCAGUGCCCUUUCCUGGGCACGCAUAGUGGGACCACUCCUCACUCCAUAUCUCAUGCUGGUGCCAAACAGCCUCCCCUCACAGCAGAGUGGACGUUGAGGGUCUCUGCUGUCCUGCCUAGGGGACUCCCUUGGCCCUCACCCCAAUGGGAGCUGCACAUCCUUGUGUGGGCCGGUUCCACAGGGCCUCUGCACCAAGUGGGUUAGGACAUUGCUGCCUGAGGCAUGGAGGGGUAGGGGGUCCUCAGGCUGUGUCCCCUGUCCUCCCAAAGCUUUGGGAGCUGGAAGAAUGGCCUAUAGGGUGGCUCUUGGGUCCCUGUGGCCAGAAUGCAGGCCCCACGGCUGAGGAGAGCUAGGCUGCAGAAGCUCUCAGGGCCUGUGACCUUGGCUGGGGUUCCUGCCCCUAAAGGCCAUCAUGUCCCGUGGAGGCCCCAGCGCAUCACUGUGUCCCUUGUGAGCCAUGCUGCUGUGUGUCCACAUCGUGGGAGCUGAGCCCGCACCAGAAAACCCUGAAGUUCUUUAUUGAAAAUGCAAACGUGAAUCUGUAAGACGUUUUAAAACUGCUCUACAUGACAAAUAAAAGCUAACUUUACACGU